AAAGAGAAUUUUUAAAGUUUAACAGCCUUAACUCCGAAUGGAAAUUAAACUUCUAUUUAAAGCCAAGUUUUAUUUAGAAAAAUACAUUUUAGAUCAAAGUUCAAAAUGGGAUUGGAAAUCAAAAUAAUAGCUGACAUUAAAGCAGAGUUAAUUUCAUUUGAAACUCGAAAUGUUAACAUAGGAACCAGCAAUUGUCGCACAGUUGAUGUCGAUCGGAAUUCUAAACAAUGAUCGCAGAGUUUCUCGCUAGCUGUAAAGUGAAAUGCUCAAGAGAACGGCGAAGAGCAGGUAGCACAAACUCAAUGGAAUUUACAGCGGCAGCGCGAGAGCGAAACGCAAACCGGUUUUCAAAGAGCACAAAAGGCCAAGUUAGAGAGAGAUUGAGCCUAAGAUUCAGUUGCAAUUUGUUUGUGAGCCAAGGCAGAACGAUACGCUAAACAAAAAAAGAAUAAUUUUUUAAUCGAUUUAGAUUGUUUAUAUUUAUAUUAGAGAUGCGUAAAUCGCAGGGAGGAAUGUCUUUGGCCUCGGACAGACACAGACUUGGUCUAGACGCCUCGGAGACUUACUCGACAUCCAGUUCGUCGCUUAACAGCUCGUUCAGCGAUGGCAGCGAUUUGGUCAAUUGGGAGGAGUACGUGGCCGAAGACGGCAGCCUAUUCUAUGCCGAAUAUGUGCCCAGUGUCAAGACAAAUGCCACAGACAGACGCGGAGAGCUGCUGCGUCGUUCGCUGCGCCUGGGAAAAAAGACAACACGGCGGCAGCAGCAGAAUAGAGGCCAACAGGGCAAGCAACAGCAACACAAUGGCAACAAUAAUAGCGGGCCACAGCCCGAGCCAGCAGACAGCAGCAAUUGUAACUCCAACAACGCGCUGUUCCGCUUUGCCGACAUCAAGAAUUCACACGACAAUCCUAAGCAAUUGGAGCUGGUUAUAACGGCAACAGAUCGCUUCCGCUUUGGCCGCCGCUCCACCGCAGUGGAGUCCAUUUUGGGCUUUCGUGUGCUACCCUUUCCGGAUCAGCCCGAGUGCCUGAUGGUCGACAGCUUUGUGCACGACAUCAGCGCCAUGCAGCAUAGUAUUAAGCGAGGCGAUUGGUUCAAGUCUCUCAAUGGCAUCGAGUUGUAUGCAAGCAAUGUGGACGAGCUGCUGCAGCAGUUCCUCGAGCCCACACAGGUCUGUCUGGCCUUUCAGGGCACCAGCACAGUCAGCCCAGCCGAUGCAGCUGAGGAAUCCCUAGGUAUGCCGCAGGUGCAGCAGGUGCGCAAGCUGCUGAACUUUGCCAUGUUCGCCGAGCAGUUCGAGCAGCUGCUGCCUGCCUCCGCUGCUGUGCCGGACUCACUGACACCCUUCGGCAUGCUGUUGCUGCCCCCGGAAUGCUAUCAACAGGAUCAGCACAAGGACUCGCUCUACUAUUAUCCCGAGUCUGCGGUCACCAACUUUCUGUACAAGGCUAGAGGCAGUUUUCUUACAUUGUCCUCGGUGCUUAACGAGCUGCAGACGGAGCCGCUGACGUCACGUCUGCUGGUGGAGCAGGUCUCCUACUAUGUCAACUAUCGUCGACUCAACGGUUUCUUGGUGUUGUUCGCCUACGCCGCCGAGUUGUACAGCGCCGCCGAAAGCAGCUUGAGAUCGGAUGAGCUCAUUGGCUACAUACGUUUUUCGCUGCCCGGACUCAAUUUGGACAACUUUGCCACCGCCGACGACGGCUCGAGUGGCUUGCGGUUGUUCCUGCGUCACUUUUGUGGCAUCCAGCGGUGUCGUUUGUUGGCCCAGCCACGCGGUGAGCUACAGUUCGAGCAACUGCUGCAGGAGUCGCGCAAUCUGCCGCUACCAAAGGAGGCACAAUUGCGCAUCUUUGAUGCACUCAGCGAAAUGGAGGCCAUGGACUAUCGCAACUGGAACGAUGAGCCGUUGACCACGCAUCGCGAGUUCUUCAUCUACGGCUGCGCCUUGUACUAUGAUCACUUUCUGCUAGCCAGUCUUCUGCCCGCCGAGGUGCGCUCCAAUGUGGAGCUCUUUCUACGCUGUCGUGGUAUAUUUGACUUUAUUGGCGCUGCUCCCGGUGUUCGUGUGCGUGAGCUGUAUGUCUGGGAGGAGAUUGUGCUGGCCAAUGCCACUGGUCGUUAUUUUCUCACCGUCUGUUCGCGCAGUCAUCUCAUCCUGACCGUCAUCCUCAAGAUGUAUGUGGAUGAACCCGAAAUGGAGGCUUACGGCUCGGUUCCGCCUUCGCUGUUCUACAUCGAAGAGAUCCAAGAGACUUUGGAUCAUCUCAUUCAGUGCGGCAUUGAAUCGUUGGCCAAAUUCUGGUCCGUCUCCAAUAAACGUCCUGAGGUAUUGGAUCAGCUGAAGAUCGAGCAAGCUGGCGAAGAGCAGGAGGCAAAUGGUAAACUGGAAUCGUUUCUUAAGCCCAAGCUAACCGUUGCCCACUCAGCGUCAGGGAAUGAUGAUGAGGCGCAGUUAUGCUCUUCGCUGGGCGGCUCCUCUAUACACAGUCUCACGCCCAGUGAGGAUGACAUCUCCCGUCGUCGCUUGACGCCCGCUGAUGACUCCGAUAGCGGUUCCGAUUGGGAAAACUUUGCCGAACAGCAUCCACUGCACUAUGGACUCAAUUUAAAUGCGGAGACACAAAGCCAGAUAACCACAUCGCUGUGGAAAGAGAUCAACAAUGUGCUGCCCGUCAAAAUAUCCGCCGGCUGGAAGAAUUCCGUGUGGCACUAUGUCUAUGUGGACAUGGCUAAUGGGGUGGUGCUCUGCCCCUUUACCGCCACUCCCGAGAGCUUUCCAUAUCUGUCCGAGAUGCGCAGGGCUUGUCACACGAUUCACUUGGUGCUGGAACGCUCGAAGCUGCAUCGCAGGCAACUAACUGAAUCCACAGGUGCAAGAAGCACCACUGGGCACGAUAUAACCAUGAUCAAGGAACAUGGCAUCACCUUAGAGGUGGCAAAUGCGGGCAAGGAUCAGGCUGGCGUUCGCUUUGUGGUGGUCGGAAGACUCUUUCAAUCACCCGCUAAGGAAGUAUACGUUUGUCAUCGUCCCGAAGUGCCUCAGAAUAUGGUUGAAUUGGCAUUCCGCUUGUCCUUCUUCUCGAUGGGCUAACUGCUGCAAUAAUUAAUGGAUUAAUUUGUUAAAACUUUUAAAAAUAAUUCUUUCUUGGGGUGCAAUGUAUUAAUGAUUUUCUGAUAAAUAGAAAAAAUUUAUAUUUCUUGCCGAUUCAGAAUUUUAUCCGUGUUUUUAAAGAAUACUUUAAUUCAAAUAUUUAAAUU